CUUUCACACAGUCAGAGACUCAUCAGUCAUCAGAUCCACUUCCUCUCAUGGCCACCCACACGCAUGCGCAGUUCAAAUUUGAAUUCUAGCGAGAUCGCCCAUUACUAGUCUCCUCUACUCUACCACCCCCCGCUCCCCCACCUCGCCACCUCACUCCGUCUCCGCGCAGCCAUGGCUGGCCACGGCGCCGGCGGCCGGCGAGCCUCCACCUCGAGGGCCGCUGCCCGCCGCGUGGAGGCGGAGACCAACGAGAACGACGACCUGGCCGCCGCGGCGGCGCCGUCCUCCUCCUCAGUGGUGGGUGGCCCCGCCGCGCUGCCGUUCAUGCUGCCGCCGAGGUCGCCGCUCGCGGCCAUCGCGGACCCGGGUAGGAACCCCCGGUCAGCGCCGGUCACGCCCAAGUCGCUGGCCGGCACGCCCCGGGCCGCCGCCUGCGCCGCGGGGUCUGGGGUUAGGGAUCGGACUUCCUCGAUUGGGACGUCGUCGAGGAGGGUGUUCGAUCUCAGGGACCUCGCCGCCGCCGAGGUGCCCGCGGAGGUGCCGCACUUCGAGCUCGAUGAGGACCCUGCGUUCUGGAAGGAUCGCAAUGUGCAGGUGUUGAUACGGAUAAGGCCCAUCAAUGCAGCCGAGAGCACCGCGAACGGUCAGAGAAGAUGCCUGGUACAGGAUAGCUCAAAGACAUUGAGCUGGACAGGGCAUCCGGAUACAAUGUUCACGUUUGACCAUGUUGCAUGUGAAACAAUAUCACAGGAGAAGUUAUUCGGGGUUGUUGGUCUUCCAAUGGUGGAGAACUGCAUGUCUGGAUACAAUGGCUGUUUGUUUGCCUAUGGACAGACAGGAAGUGGGAAAACAUACACGAUGAUGGGAGAGCUUAGUAAGCUGGACAAUGAACUCAGCAAAGACUCUGGUUUGACACCUCGCAUUUUUGAGUAUCUUUUUGCUCGGAUAAAAGAGGAAGAGGAGAGACGGAGAGAGGACAAACUGAAAUAUAUCUGCAAAUGCUCCUUUCUGGAGAUAUAUAAUGAACAGAUAACCGAUCUACUUGAACCAUCAUCAACCAAUCUUCAGAUCCGCGAAGAUAUAAAGAAAGGUGUAUAUGUUGAGAACCUAAUGGAAUGUUAUGUGUCAUCUGUUAAAGAUGUUAUGAUGUUAUUGUUACAGGGGGUGGCAAAUAGGAAAAUGGCAGCAACAAAUAUGAAUAGUGAGAGCAGCCGUUCACACAGUGUCUUCACUUGUGUCAUUGAGAGCCGCUGGGAAAGAGAUUCAAUGACACACCUCCGCUUUGGGAGGUUAAAUUUGGUUGAUCUUGCUGGUUCUGAGAGGCAGAAAAGCUCAGGAGCUGAAGGGGAACGUUUGAAAGAAGCUGCAAACAUUAAUAGAUCAUUGUCAACUCUUGGGCUUGUUAUAAUGACACUGGUGGAUGUUGCGAAUGGGAAAAACCGGCAUGUUCCCUACAGAGAUUCAAGGCUUACAUUUCUACUUCAGGAUUCCCUAGGAGGGAACUCUAAAACAACAAUUGUUGCCAACGUCAGCCCAUCUAUUUGUUCCUCCAGUGAGACAUUGAGUACCUUGAAGUUUGCUCAACGUGCUAAACUUAUCCAAAAUAAUGCCAAAGUAAAUGAAGAUGCUUCAGGAGAUGUUAUGUCUCUACAAAGGCAGAUAGAAGAUUUGAAGGAUCAGUUAACAUGCUUGAAGAAGCAACAAAAUAUGCCUGGAUCACCUAGCUUUAAACUUCUAAAAUCAGGCUAUGGUAAUGAAUUCAAUAGUUUGCAUGGGGUAGAUGAUCAGUCAGCCUGUGAUUUGGAACUCCUAAAGCAAAAGGUUAUCCAUCUGGAGGAUGUUUUGGUAGGGAGCCUUAGGAGAGAAAAAUCAGCAGAAACAGAAAUAAGGAAGCUGGAAUGUGAAAUAAAGAGUUUGAACCGUUUGGUCAACCUGAUGGAAUCUGAUACACGACACUUGAGAACGACGGUUAAACUUCGUGAUGAAAAAAUAAGAAGAUUGGAAUUAUUAGCUGAUAACCAGAUAUCAUCUGAUGGCUAUCUGAUGGAUGAAAAUGCUGCAAUGUUCCAAGAGAUUCAGCUACUGCAAGAACAAAUCAAUGAUAAUUCUCAAUUAACUCAGUUUGCUUUGGAAAACAAGAGAUUAAUUGAGCAAGUUAGAAUGCUUGAGAAGUUCAGCAAGCAAGGGGAGCGAGAAAUGUUAUUAACAGAGAUAUCCCUUUUGCGUAAUCAUUUCCUUCAUAUUCUUGAGCAGAAGUAUGCAAGACCCCCUAAAAAUAUGGAAGCUCAGGGUGAUGUGACUAUCAAGGAGCUGGAGACCUGCAGGAAAGAAUUGGAUGCAUGCUUAGAAAAUAAUGUUCUGCUAGCACGUGAAGUAAAUAAACUGCGCUGUGAACUGAAGCAGUACCAGAAGUGUGGUACAGGUCAAGUACGUACGGUUGCUCCUGAGGUCGUGGAGAGCUCUGUGAUACCAGGGAUCAAUCAGAAGCAACAUGAUCAAGCAGGAUGGUGUGGUUCAUAUUUGGCUUCAAUUGAUGUUGAAAGGCAAUUCGUGGAUGUUGGGAUCACAACUGAUAUUACUGAAUCACUUGAACUCACUCCACCUUCAGAAAUUUAUAGUGAAAACCAGGACUCUCCUUCUCGUUUGCAUUUCUCUGAUCCGGAGAUAUGUGAUUUGAAGAACUCUACAAAAGUGCUAGAGUACAAUUCUUCACGCAAUCUACUUGACAAAGGCAUUAUUUUGAGUGGACAAUUGGAGAAUGAAUGUGGAUUAAAUUCUGUACAAAAUGAUGAAAUAAGUCUAGUAAAAGAAAAUGCUGAGAAGAUGUAUGGUCAUGACGAGAUCUCAGUGUAUCGUCAAAAUGAAAUACUGCAUUCAAGUGAACAAUUAUUACAGGACGAAUUGACACAUAUUAAAAGCUUAAAUGAAGGUCUCAAAGAGAAGCUAAUUAUUAUGGCUGAAGAAAGUACCAAGCUUUCAGAGAUUAUUGUUGCUAAAGAUGUAGAAAUUGCAACUUUGUCAGAAGAAUGGGAGUCUGCAAUUGUUGAUCUGACAAGCUUCUUGACAGAUGGUUGCAGUUCUUUAGAUGAUGCAUAUCAGAAUAUUGAUAAUAUGAUUAGCUCUUUUCCUUACAACAAUCAUUCCGUCAGUGAACAUGUGGAGAAGGCUAUGAAAGUUAGUAUCGAGAAGGAAAAAAUAAUUUCUAGGCUUCAAAUUGAGCUACAAGCUGCACAGAGAAUGGGCAGGGAGGUGAAAGAAAAGUUGCACAUUCUAAGAGGUGCUACUCUUGCUAUAACUGAAGCUCAGCUGUUGGAUAAUGAUGAAUCCCAGGAAGCACUAAAACUAUUAGAUUUAAUGCGUCAAAAAGAUUGCACAGUACAAGAACUGAAUGACAAUGUGAAACAGAAGAGUUGCUUAUUUGCAGAAGCAACAGAAGGGUAUUCUCGUCAUGAGUGUCACUUACCAGAUAAUGUGGGUACUGUAGCUGAAAUAAGUCACAACCGAGAUGGAUCUGAAGUGAAUCAAGCUAACACACACUACCAGGCAAAGCUUGAAGAUGUGUUGCAUCUUGUUGAAGACAAGUCAAAUAAGGUUCUGGCCUUAUUUUCAAAUUUUGAGGAAGCUCAAGAAACCAUGGAAGAAGCUGAAACUAUGCUCUCAUCUCUGUUGAAGGCCAAUGAGGAGCUAAAACUUGAAAAAGACAGUUGCAGGCAAGCAGUGGAAUUGUUGUUUGCUGAGAGAACUUCUUUGAUCAAUGAUUUGCAGGAGCUUGAAGCGUCAAAUUCAUUUACAGCACAGAGGUAUGACAAAUUGCAUGAACAGGUAAAUGGAUGUGUAGCAGAGAUGACAAACCUUGCUACUAUAAUUAAAGAAUCUUUUCAUCAAGUACAAAGAGUUACUACAGUAGAACUAUUUGCAUUCUGCUCGGAGGUUAUCAGUUUUGGCCAGGACUUGAGGAAAUGGAUAUAUGAAUCAAGGUCUUAUCUUGUUAACAUGGGAGCACUUCUAGAAGAACAAGGCAAUUCUUAUGCUGAGCAGAACCGGCGCACUAAUUCAAGUACUUAUGCGGGAGUAUCUCAACAAGUUGAGUCAUGUUCACGUCAGUUGGGUGGUAUGAAUGGUGAUAUUUUUCCAGGAACAUAUAUGGUCGUAGAUGGAAAGGAAAAGGCAUCUGUGCAUGUAGUUCCCUUUGGCAGUAAUGCAGAACUGGAAGAUACCAAUGUCGAAAGGACAUUUGAUAUGGAUUAUGCAUCCCUAAGAAGAGAGUUUGACAGGAAAAGUGAUGUUGCAGAAGGAUUAUCUUUUGAUCUUAAACUACUGCAAGAGUCUACAUCACAAGCGAAGGACAUGAAAGACAAAGCUGAUGAAAUAUCAGAUGCCCUUGUCAGUGUUCAAAGAGAACUUGAAAAGAAAACUUCUGCAAUGGAAAGCAUACUGAAACAACAAAAGGUGCUAGAGGAAGAGCUGGCUGAAAAUGGAGCUGCACUCCUAAUCUUAAGGUCUGAGUUAGAACAUUCUGAAAGUUUGUCAUCAGAGUUGUUCAAGGAAAACAACAAUCUCAAAGUGAUGUUGGAAGAGGAAGCUAUGAUGAUUAGUGAAACAAAAGCAAUGCUGGAAGACAAAUCUAAGGUCAUCGAGGGAUUGGAGCACGAAAUACUAUUGCUUAAUUCUUCUGAAGAGGGACGCUUGAUGUCACAAAUCAAAGAGUUAAAUGAUAAUCUUAAAAUUAUAAGUAUUGACAAAGGAAAUCUCGAAGAAGAAAUACUCAAGUUAACUGACAAGCUUGAAAUGGCUGUGGCUUUAGCUGAGGAGAAUGAAGCUGCUUCUAUUGAAGCUCGUCAAGCUGCAGAGAUAAGUAAGGUAUAUGCUGAGGAGAAAGAGGAAGAGGUUAGGAUUCUUGAACGUUCUGUGGAAGAACUUGAAUCUACUAUAACAGUUCUGGAGGAAGAAGUAUGCAACCUUAAAGAGGAAGUGAGGAGCUAUCAAAUAUAUAAAAAAUCUGAAGCUGAACAAGCUCAAGAGAUGUUCAUUGUAGAUAGCACAUCAAAAUGUGAUGCUACAGAGCAAUUGUGUCCAGGGAGAUGCCAAUUAGAAAAGAGGUUGAAAGCGGAGAUUAUUGCACAUCAGGAUGCUAGAAGAAAGAUUGAAUGUCUCACAAUGGAAGCUAGUUGUAAAGAUGAGGAGGUAAGGCAAUACAAAGAGCACAUAGCUGAGUUGGUCCUGCAUUCAGAAGCACAGUCUUUGCUGUUUCAGGAGAAGUAUCAGGAAAUGGAGCACAUGAUUUCUAAACAGAAGUUUGGUCUACAUGAAUCUAAUUCUGAUACUGGCCAUACCAAAUUCGAAAAGCCUUCAGGACGGACUAGAGGAUCUGGUUCACCUUUCCGAUGCAUAUCUAGCAUUGUUCAACAGAUGAACUCUGAAAAGGAUCAAGAAAUCUCAGUGGCACGCCAGAGAAUUGAAGAACUAGAAGGAUUGGUUUGUAAUAAACAGAAAGAGAUCUGCAUGCUAACAUCAAGACUGGCCGCCGUUGAUAGCAUGACACAUGAUAUUAUAAGGGAGUUACUUGGUGUCAAAUUAGACAUGACAAACUAUGCUAACAUGCUUGAUCAGGAAGAGUUGCAGAAAUUGCUAAUGGCUUCCCAGCAACAAAUUGAACAGUCAAAGGCAAAGGAUGUGGAACUUGACAUGCUAAAAGAACAAUUUGAUCAUCUCAUUCAAGAAAGAGACAGCUUGUUUGAUGAUAUGGACCAAAGAAAGGCGGACUUGUUGGAGAGCCAACUGCUCAUAGAACAGCUUGAGCAACGGGAGCAAAUGCUUGAAGCCCAGAACGGAAUUUUACAGAUGGAGAAAGAUAACCUUCAACAGAGGAUCAUGGAAAUGGACGAGGAAAUCCAAUUGCUAGUUGGCUCAAAUCAAGCGAUUGCUGAGACAACGUUCCAAAUGGGGAGCAACCAUCGUUCCGCCAACAGUGAAUUCAGCAGGAGGCUGGCUCAAUCGGAUAUGCUUCUCUCCCACGCGAGACAUGAGCAUUCACGCUUGCAAGCUGCUAAAAGCUCCAGGACGCGUCGUGGUAGUCAUCAAUGAAGGCUGGAGCGGAACAUGAAUCAGAUCAGACACUUCUUGUGUCUGCAGCACCACCUCUCUGACGCUACAGGCCUACUUUUUUCUGAAGAUGUAGGGUUAAAAAUGGUGAUGACUGCAAGAAACAUUGUAUAUGAGGUACAUCCAUCCAGUGUAUUUAUGAUUUGUGCAGAUUUCCGUCGUAUGUACAGUACUACCGUACAUGGUAGCAACGGCUUAUUGAAACUUUUCUCCAACGAGUGAGUCAUUGAGGGGGUGUUUGGCCCCUUUCACAGAACCAUAAGUCUCUAGGGGAGGGAAUUAUACUUUUAUGAGAGAGACCAAAGUUUAAUCCUUCCUUCCCAAACACCACCUGAGAUGGUUGUUCGUAGCUCUUGGUUGCUUGAUCUGUCCUGCACACUAGUGCGUACUAUUCUAUUAUUUAAUGUUCUUCAUCGUUA